UCAAAAUUAUACUCCUUCGAUAUUUAAAUGAUCGAGUUCUUUCAAUUUUGACCUAAUCAUUUGUGUGUUGAUCUCUCUCUGCCAUUAUUAUAAAUUAUUCGAUCAACGCCAGACUAUUCGGUAGUCGUCUCGUAGGAUUAGCGGAUAUAUUUUAUACGCUUCAUCUGACCCUCAAGGAUGUCUCCGGCGUGAGAUAUUAACGACUUCGCAGAAGAGAGCGAUCCAUCCGACGUGAUUAUUUUAUCCUCGUUCGAUCUUCAACGGCCUUGCUGCUGUAAGGCGUUAACCCGACGUUAGCGGGUAUCAACAGAGAGCCAACGGUCUUUCACAACGGUCUUCUCGGUACACAGUCGGUAAAUACUUAAUCUAGACGCGAGCUGACCCUCGGUGACCUCGAUACAAGAUACCAACUUGGACAUUUCCGACGCACUUUCUGUGAUGCGCAUUACGCGACUAUAAACCACUCGUCGUAUGGACGUGGCCAUUCCAGUUAGUAUGGAAACAGCCAAGAUGUACAUCAGCGAACCGCAGAACGGUCACACGACCACCAAAUACGCCUCGACCAACUCCAUCCCGGCGAUGAUGGAGCAAGAAUCGUCGCUGGCGAGGAUCCUCGGCGCCGUCGGGAGGCAUCGCGAGAAUGCAGCGAUCCUGCGGGACACGAAGACUCGUCGGCACAGCGUUCUGGAGGAUCUGAAGGCUCGGCGAGACAGCCUGAUCCAAAGGGCUCGUAGGGUCAGCAUGUUUGAGGAGAAGGAGAACAGCGCCAAGGACGCUGUUAAGGACACCGUCAAGAUCGACGUCAAGGAUAGCAGUGCGAAGGAGAAGGCGAAGGAUAAAAGGAGGGGCAGCGAAAGCGGCAGGAGAGGCUCGGUGUUCUACGUGUCUGAGGAUCUGCUGGAGGAGAAUCAGGAAGUGUUGGAGAACGAGGAUCGUGACCGCUUGGCUCAGGAGGCCAAAAAGGCACGCCGGAAAUCCUGGCAUCCACUCGUGAAGCCGCCCAAGCUGGAUCGGAAAAGGAGGAAGGGCGUGGUGUCUGCUGUUCCCUCUGGUGUACCCUCGGAGAUCGGCAGCACAGAGGGACUAUUUUCGCCAAAUUAUCCGCGACAGAAGAGGCCAUCCUGGUGGAAUAUUUUCAUACCGGAGUCCAGGUCCAGGCGUUUCUCUCAGGAUGUCACCUCGAAAUCGACGGAAAAUCUCUCGACGUCUUAUGUCAGGAGCAAGAGCCGUAGUGUGGAUCAUGGAUUUACAGCACCCUUCGAUUUGGAUGCUCUACGGAACAAGGUCGAAGGACGUUUUGAAUCUGUGGAUAAACUCUCGAGAGAUUCCGAUAACGAGAGCAAAGAUGGCUCCACGACACAGGAAAAGAAACACGGCCGUGUCUCGCAGCCUAUCAACACUAUUGCCUAUAUGGUGGGUGAUAGAGACACGCUUACAUCAGUGGCAGCAAGAUUCGAUACGACGCCAUCCGAGCUGAGCAAAUUGAAUAGGCUCGGAAGUACUUUCAUUUAUUCCGGUCAACAGUUAUGGGUGCCGGCGAAAGGAGAAGGACGUCCGGGAGGCGGAUCAAUCGCAGAUGCGCCCAGCCCUGACCCUUGCCACGAUCAUGAGUCUCAGGAUGACCUACCACCCGAAGAAAAAGAACUUCUGGAUAAUCUUAGACCAGUGUCACCAAAGCCAGGCCAUAUGGAACGUAUAAAAACACCUCUUGGAACAUCCAGUGUGGCUGCAGAUGAAGAUGAACAACCAUUCAGAGAAAGAUUUCUAAAAAUUAAUGUCAGGCAUAUCACAGAUGGUCAGGGUGUAGUCGGCGGUGUGCUGUUAGUUACGCCAAACGCAGUUAUGUUCGAUCCAAACGUAUCUGAUCCUCUUGUUAUCGAGCACGGUGCUGAAUCUUAUGGAGUGAUUGCUCCCAUGGAAUUCGUAGUCAACGCUGCGAUUUAUUAUGAUAUCGCACACAUGAGGGUCUCUCAUACUGAAUCCGGACAUUUAGACAAAAAACCUGAAAUUUAUUACAUGAAAAAACCCCAAAUAGAUAAUCGUAAAUGUCAGUCUCCGGGGAAAGAUGAAAAUUUCCCUGAAUUAGCAGGCGACGAUAGCGAAAGUGUGUGUAGCUGUGCCGAGAGAGACGGCGAUGCUUUUCCAAAGGCCUUUGAACGAGAGCUUGUUACUCCUACCAAUCUCCAGAGUGAGGAGAAUUUAACCUCGACCAAAGAUAAAGAGAAAGAGAAAGACAGUAAUGAGAAAGAAUUUUGCACUGGCGGCCAAGCUAGUAGAACUUUAGAGGAACGUAGACGUUCCAUGCUUGACCAUCAUUGGGCAGUUCCUAGCAAAGAUCGAAGUACGUUUUCAGUUGAUGACGAACAACAAGAUUCACUAAAUUCUGAUAAGCAGGCGGAACCACCAGCUAAAUCAAAUGCUAUUCCUGAGGACGAAGAAGGAUCUCUAGUCAAAUUGUCGUGCCAUGAUUCUGGUAUCGAUAUACGUGAUCCUAAUCCACCUAUUCCAGUAGUACAGCCUAUACCAUCAAAAAAAGUUUACUCAGAUGCGGAUAUUGUUUUAUCCUCGGAUUGGGUUCCUCCAAUAACGAUAGCACCAACGAAUGUUACGAGUACGUUGGAAGCCAGUUCUGCUAUUAAUGGCAGGAAAAAAGCUAGCUCGGUGUCCUUUAGCUUAGAGAGUAAUGCAGAAGAGCCCGAAAAGGAUGAAGAACACAAAGAGGAUGAUAAACAGGAAACUCGAAAGAAUAAGAUGCUAAAACGUCUGUCAUAUCCAUUGUCCUGGAUGGAAGGUUUAACUGGAGAGAAGGAUGACGAGAGCAGUAAAUCCAUUUCUGACAAAAUGUCAAGCCUUCCAAACAGUGCGGAUUCUCAUCAUUCCUCUGUUUUCAGCAAAGUCUUCUCGAGCUCGCCGAUCAACCUGGUGAGUGACUUUAGCUCGGGCCUGUUUGCUAAAACCCCCAGCGAAGAGAGUGGCGGGGGCGGUAGAGCGGGCGGAACUCCUCCGCUUACCGCCUCCUCUCUCUCCCAGGACUCCAGCAAUUUCUCACCUGGUCCAGGAAGCCUCAUUGGACGCUCUUCCGUGGGUACUUUUAUUAGACAGCAACCUUUAACAUCUUCUGGCAGCAGCAGCGUUGAUAGCAGUCGAGGUAGCAAAACUUCUACGACGGCACCUCGAUUAGAUUAUCGCAGUAUGGUCUCGGUCGACGAUAUGCCGGAAUUGUUUGUGAGUUUUGACAAACUGAUUCCACGACCUGCUCGUUCUUGCGAGGACCCACCGUUGUACCUGAGACUACGAACAGGAAGACCCAAGGAUAAGAAGAUACCACGAUCGACGCCAAUUAUGAGCUACGGCAAGAAGAAACUGCGUCCCGAAUACUGGUUCAGCGUGCCACGCAACAGAGUGGACGAUCUGUAUAGGUUCAUUCAUGCGUGGGUGCCGAAUUUAUACGGCGAGCUGGAUGAGAACUACUGGCGAGAACGCGGCUACAUCCUGUCCGACACCGACACUGACCUGUCGCCGGAACUGUCACCCCACGAAAGCGGCGAAGGCGCGGAUUCCACGGAGGAGAGCAAGGCUCGCGAUGGACAAGGUGACGACAUCAGCGAAUUGACAAGGGAGUCCUGGGAGCUGAUCAAGGCCCCCUACGUAAAGCUGUACAGCAUCCUGAAGACCUCGAGCACAUCGGCCGAUUCCGAGCAGAUCCAGGAUUCGGAGGUACUGUCUAUGAGCGAGGAGUUUAGGCGAGCUCUUUACGCAAACAGUGCCAUUUCUCUAGACAACGACGUUAUCGUGCCCGAUCUCAUCGGCACGACGGAAAUACUCAGCGAUGAACACAGGGAACAGCUCUGUCAUCAUCUGCCCGCGAGAGCGGAAGGCUAUCAAUGGACUCUCGUCUUCAGCACUAGCCAGCAUGGCUUCAGUCUCAAUAGCAUGUAUCGAAAAAUGGCUAAAGUCGAGAGCCCGAUUUUGUUAGUCAUUGAAGACACGGAGGGAAACGUGUUUGGUGCACUGACCUCAUGUUCGCUACACGUGAGCGAUCACUUUUACGGUACUGGCGAAUCUCUGCUCUUCAGGUUUACGCCAAGGUUCCAGUGUUUCAAUUGGACCGGGGACAACCUGUAUUUCAUCAAGGGCAAUAACGAGAGUUUAGCAAUCGGUGCUGGAGACGGCAAGUUUGGGCUCUGGCUAGACGGUGAUCUGUAUCAGGGCAGGACACAAUCCUGCAGUACAUACGGCAACGAGCCGUUGGCGCCACGCGAAGAUUUUGUCGUUAAAACAUUGGAAUGUUGGGCGUUCAUAUAGGACACGGCCUUAUAUUCCCAGCCCGUCACUCCUUCGCCAUCACCACAGCCUAAUUUAACCUGAACUUGUGAACCUUACGAAGAUAUCGUCUCCAAGAGAGAUCAGAGGAAAACUACCUAUUCUAAGGACAUUGUCGGAAAAGUUGAGUCGGAUCAAUGUUGUCACAACACCGAUUAACUCUAUCAUUUGGGGAAAUCUCGCCCAGUGAUAGACAUGAUGAUUCUCCGAGGAGAAAGAAAUGAAUCGUCAAUGUCCGCACGAAGAGACAAUGACAGGCAUUGCCUGAAGAUGGUGAAAUUGACGAGAAGCAGCCUUGAAAGGGAUGCGGACGGUAAAAAGAGACUGUCAUGGCCCGAAGUUAUGCGAUUAUAGCGUGUGCCUAUUUGCAUAUCGCGUAACUACUGAAUAUCGUUAAUUGCUCCUGACUCCCCUGUCUUUUUUAAGUUGGCGUAUUUAUUUUAUUUUUUUAUAUUCUGUUGAAUGAGAUUGUCGCUCGUCAAUUUGAUUUGUGGUUAUUGUAAGUUGACCUAGAGAGAGUCGAAGAAUUAUGAUUACUUUAUAUAAUAAUCGUUAAUUCGAACUAGUCGUGAGUUUACACAUUUAACGUCGAUAUAAAGAUAAUUAUGAUGAUGAUGAUGAUGAUGAUGAUGAUGAUGAUGAUGAUGAUGAUGAUGAUGAUGAUAAUGUAAAUGCAGAUGUAUAAUGAUGGUGGUGUUAAAAGAAUGAAAGUGUGAAUGAUAUGGAUGGUAAAUGCGAGGCGAGAUAUAUAACGUUUGAAAGAAAAUACAAUUUACAAAUUCAAUAUGAUGAAGAUGCUAAAUCUAACAGUUUGUUGAUGUGUAGAUAAUGUAGAUAGUAAAUGUAAAUAUAUAUAUAUAUAUAUACAUACAUACAUAUUAUAUAUAUACUAUGAUCGUGUUGCAAUGAUUGAUUUUGACGGUAUAAGUAGAGAGAACUCUUUACGGAACGCUGUGUAGCUUGUCAUGUGCAUAAUGCAGGCAAAUCAAGAAACGUACACGACAUGCAUAUACAUGUUAUCACAUGGAUAUACAUGAGGAUUAAUACACAGAUUACGGGAAGUGUGCUCUCGAUCAACCGAAUAUAAAUGAUCCAUGAUCUGAGAAAAAAAUGUAGUUUUAGAGAAAGAGAUACCUCGAACUGAUCUUAUGAUUAGGAGAGGAACGAGAAAUCGAACGAGAAGUCAAUGAUAUGCGGAUUGACUUGAGUCAAGCGUAUUCGCGAUCUUGUCGUCAGUAAAUUAGUAAAUGUGCUUUCGAGUCACGAGUGACCACAACGAACACACAUGCCUGUGCCUGCUUCGCUCUCUUUGUCUCCCUCCGCCAAGUGUACUCGCGAUCUGCAGCGAGUAUCUCGAGCGUGAAAAUCCAUCUUACUACCAGCGUACGAAUUCCCUGAUGUAAACGAUCAAUCAAUCUAGAUAACACAUCAGAUGAAGAAUCAUCGCGUUCUACUCGCGUUACGAUGCUCUUUUAGACCUAGUCCAACUUUGUACGACUAUAUACACACAAUCACAUAUUGUCCGAGCUUAUAAUCUCUAUUGCACGAGCGUCGCCGGAUUGAAAACAAAUGUGUGCAUCGCCCAUUUCUAUCCAGCGCGCUUCGUCGAUUUGCAAAGAGAAAGUGAGAAUAAAAUCUUGUACACGCGCAAAGUGAGUGAUUCUCAAGCGUGAAAAAAGAAAAGAGAAAAUGCGCAAAAAUGUUUUAUCAGUUUCGAUAUUGUGCGAGACCGAAUGGAAUUUUUCUAAUAUAUUAAGUUACAAACAUCGUGGCUGAGUUGCAACCAUUUGAGAAGGCCCACUUCGACGCGUGCCAGACCCACGAACGUAACAACUUUCAACGAAUCACAUAUUUUAUACCACAUAGACCUAAUGACGACACCGUCAUAUAUUUCUCUCCUUUUCCCCGUAAUUACUCUAGACACAAUUUCUACUCCACGACCACGCGUUGUAUUGUUUCUAUAUAUGAUUACAGAUCCUCGUAAUCUUAAUAAAGGGGUUCCUCUGCCAGUUAAUUACUGAUCAGCAGGGCCGCAUACGACGACCAAGAGUGCAUAUUAUACUAACGACAACAUAACAUACGCGAGCACAAUAAAACACACGCAGAAAACUUUUGAUCUACCUUUACCUAUUUACCUCUUUCUCACACGUGACACACGAUCCUUCUCUGCCGAUGUAACAUCAUCGGAGAACGACUGAACGUUCGAAAGACUGAACGGUCGAUCCAAGAUAUCCUGGGAAAAUGAGACUCAAGUGUUCGCGCACUGGUUACAAGACGCACUAAAAAAAAGGAAAGAAAAAGAGUAAGAAGCGCGUGAUCAAAACUGUCGACUAGGCAGAGUAUAGUGUGACACUUAAUGAGAAUUUGAAACUGACACAGUUCCAAUGAGUUUAAUUUUCCACGUGAUGCGAAACGUAAAGACGUAAUGUAGACAUUGCAAGAUAGACUUUAUUAAACCUCAUAAACUUAUCACGAGUGAACAUAGAGUCCGUUUUCGGAUGCAUGUAGUAUGAAAUCUUAGCAAGAUCCUAGUUUGUCGGGAUUGUUUCUCGAUCCCACGAUGUCGACGAAGCACAAACAAAGUAUCAAGUCAACAUGCAGCACUACUGGCUUUAUUAGGGUAGUAAUCUUGAAUUUGUACAUUCAAUGCGACACAUAGUAACACGUUGCGUACGAUUAGCGUUGCUUAGAGCGUAAAUUAGAUUAGGCGUAAUCAUGUGAUAUUAAGUAAAAAAAAGAAAAAAAAAAAGAAUUGCGUUCCUAGAUGAUUUAUCGAAUCGCUUCAACAGUACCACAUGAUUGCACAUGCGACGUCGUCAUGUACACUACAUACACAUAUACACAAACCACAUUUUGAGAUAGAGGUCUUUUCGCUUUCUUGAUCCGCGAAGCGUGCAUGCGAUAGCGGGAACAUUGCUCGAGGAACAAACGGAUUCGAAAUCCACGGUCAGAAAUAAUAGCAUCAUGUACGAGAAAGAGCGAAGUACGUGCAUCCGACAACAGGUGACGAUAAUGAUAAGUCAAAUAAAGAGAAAAGAAGUACUCAUGACCCUCGCCUUAAUGUGAAAAAAAAUCAAGAUGUCAAUGUGCACUGUAACGAAAAUAAAACACUUAAGUAUGUCUGGGAAACGAG